GAUGAGGUCAGCAUUCGGUCUCCUUUUUCUCUGACGUCACUCACGUAAAUAUUACUCACAAGCAGAAGGUAAGUGAUCAUCAGUAAAUGUUUUGAAAUAUCUUCGAGAAGACGGAAGACGGUGCUAAUAUAGACAAGCCGGGAUCUAGCUACAAUUUCCAAGAUGGAUAAACAUUUGUUCAAUUUAAAAUUUGCUGCCAAAGACCUUGAAAGAAAUGCUAAGAAGUGUGAGAAACAAGAAAAAGAAGAAAAAAACAAACUAAAGAAGGCCAUACAAAAAGGUUUGAUAGAGAAUGCCAGGAUUCAUGCAGAAAAUUCUAUUAGGAAGAAGAAUGAAGCCAUAAACUAUAGGAGAAUGAGUGCCAGAAUAGAUGCUGUAGCUGCUAGAGUUCAGACUGCUCUUACAACAAAACAAGUAACACAGUCCAUGGCAGGAGUUGUGAAGUCAAUGGAAUCCGCUAUGAAAUCUAUGAAUUUAGAAAAGGUUUCACAACUGAUGGACAGAUUUGAAACCCAGUUUGAGAAUCUUGAUGUGCAAUCACAAGUGAUGGAAGAUACGAUGUCUGCCUCUUCCACACUAAAUGCUCCUCAGGCACAGGUCGAUUCCCUGAUGCAGGAAGUGGCUGAUGAAGCUGGUUUGGAACUUAAUAUGGAAUUGCCUCAAAGUCAGACAGCCACCAUUGGGUCAGCCAGUGCAGCAUCAUCAGAACAAGAUGAACUGUCACAGCGUCUAGCUAAGUUAAGAUCAAUGUAAGAAAGCGGUUUUAUCCAAAUAUACAGACUUUACCACCACAUCAAAAGAUCAGCUUUUACUCUGGAGUAGCACCUCUGUGGAAGGAAUGAAAUGAGCAGCAAGCACCCAACACUUGUAUGCUUGACAUAUGUCUGAUCUCUGAUCCUGUUUUUGUGGACGGUUGCAUUGAAGGAUAAUUAUAUACAUGUAGAAAAGAAUCAGCAAACUUUUUUAUUUAGCCCAAUUUAAUAAUUUUUUUUAGAAAAAAAGAUUGAACAGUUGUUUUUAAUGUAAAUGUUAAAUGUAUUUCAUAGGCAUAUAUUUCAAGGAACAUUUAAACUCCACUUAGUAAAUGUAUAUAUAAAUCUGUAUAUUCAAGUCUUUAUAUUGUACAGAAAAUUAAAUUUUCAAACGCUACGAAUAAAUUUUCUUUGUAUUUCAUUACUGUAAAUGACAUGCAUGCAAAAUUGAUAAAGUACAAGUUUAUACUUUCUCUCAUGAUUCUGGACAUUAAAAAUCAAUGUAUUAUUGCAGCGUGGUAAA